UUACUGUGCUUCAAGUUUAUAAAACACAAUCAGUGCUCCCUGGUCAAAGCAGCCCUAACCCGCGGAGCAGGCGAGGAGUGGCAGAGCAGCAUCUCCUCCAGGACGCUCUAGCUCAGCCGAAAAGCCCUCAGAGGUCACUUUGGGGUCUGCUCCUCUCCCAUCCAAAGUGGAGCAGCCAGAAUCCGGGCCAGUCUCUCCAGGCACGGUGAUGAAUGGUGUGAUCAAACAGGAUCGCUCGGACCACAAAAGCUCACCAGCUGGCAAUGAGGAGGAAAAGGCACCCAAGGAAAAAUCUGCCACUGAAGUGAGGGAUGGCACCAAGCUCCAGCCCCCGCCCUUCGCGGAGCGCAAGAACGUUUUACAGCUACGGCUGCAGCAGAGAAGGACCCGUGAGCAGCUGGCAGACCAAGGCAUCAUGCCACCACUGAAAAGCCCAUCUGCAUUCCAUGAACAGCGAAAAAGUCUGGAGAGAGCCAAGACUGAAGAUUAUCUCAAGCACAAGAUCAGAAGCAGGCCUGAGCGGGCAGACCUGGUCAAUAUGCACAUUCUGCAAGACUCGGCUGCAGAGGGGUCCAUUCAGUCAACUCAGAUGAAGCUGAAAAGAGCCCGACUGGCAGAUGACCUCAAUGAGAAGAUUGCACUCAGGCCAGGUCCUUUGGAGCUGGUGGAGAAGAAUAUUAUUCCCGUGGAUUCAGCUGUGAAAGAGGCCAUAAAAGGCUCCCAGGGCGGCUUCCCCCGGCAGACCGACGCCUUCGCCUUCGAGGAGGACAGCAGCAAUGACGGGCUGUCCCCGGAGCGGCCCCGCAGCCGCGGGAAACGGGGUAGCAGGAGCCCCUGUGCAGGCUGGACAACCCCUGGGUCUGGCCCCACAGCCCCUCUCACCUCUCCUUUGCAGGAUCGUCCCCCCAGUGCCGAUGGCCACGCUCCGGACACUGCCCCGGGGCAGGGCAGCCAGUGCGACAGCCCCAAGCAGCCGGCAGGACAGGAGAGCCCGACACUCCCGGUGCCCUCUGCCGUGAAGUCCAAAUCAUCCAGUGACAGCAAGAACCGUCACAAAAAGCCCAAAGACACCAAGCCCAAAGUGAAGAAGCUCAAGUACCACCAGUACAUCCCUCCAGACCAGAAAGCAGAGAAGUCCCCUCCACCCAUGGAUUCUGCAUAUGCCAGACUGCUCCAGCAGCAGCAGCUCUUCCUGCAGCUCCAGAUCCUCAGCCAGCAGCAGCAGCAACAGCAGCAGCACUUCAACUACCCUGGGGUGCACCAAGGACAGCUGAAGCAAUCAAAUGAGCAAAUGGUCAAAAGUUCAAAUUCUUCAUCAACUUCUGGCAACAACACCCCUCUUUCUCCAGUGAAAACCACCUUUUCAGGCCAGACUUGUGUCUCAUCUAUCAAGCCAGGCCCUCUGCCAUCCAACCUGGAUGAUCUCAAAGUGUCAGAGCUGAGGCAGCAGCUCCGGAUACGAGGCCUGCCUGUGUCAGGUACCAAAACAGCGCUGAUGGAGCGGCUGCGGCCCUUCCAGGAGUGCAGCAGCAGCACGGUGCCCAACUUCAGUGAGAUCACCACCGUCACCUUCCCAGUCACCCCAACAAGCACCCUGUCCAGUUACCAGUCACAGUCCUCCACCAGCAUGUUAUCAAACGGCUUCUAUCACUUUGGCAGCACCAGCUCCACCCCACCCAUCUCGCCCGCCUCCUCUGACCUCUCCGUGAGCGGCUCUUUGCCAGACACCUUCAACGACGGGCCCAUGUCUUCCCCACAGUUCGGCCUGCAGCCAUCCCCGGUUCAUGGCAGUGCUGAGGAAAGCCUCAUGAGCAGCAUGAAUGGAGGGAGCAUCCAGCUGGAACUGGAAGGAAUAGACACAGAGAAAGACAAGAUGCUGGUGGAGAAGCAGAAGGUCAUCAAUGAACUGACAUGGAAGCUGCAGCAAGAGCAGAGGCAGGUGGAAGAGCUGCGGAUGCAGCUCCAGAAGCGAAAGAGAAGCAAUGGCCUUGAGGAGAAGCAGCAGCCUGCUCAGCAUUUCUUUGGUGUCCCCAUCAAGCAGGAAAACGCCGUGUCCAGCUGUCCCUUUGCAUCCAAACAAAUGGCCCUGAAAGGCCAGGCCGGCAGCUCGGAGAAGCUGAGUAACUGUGGGGUACCGCAGGUGCCCCACAUCGUAAACAGCCACUGCCUGGAGCCCGCAGGGCAGAGCACCAUCACCUCCUCGACAUUCCUGAGCCCGCAGUGCUCCCCCCAGCACUCUCCCCUGGGGGCUGCAAAGAGCCCCCAGCACAUCAGCCUGCCACCGUCCCCCAACAGCCACUACCUGCUGCCGGUGUCCCCCGAGGGCCGCAGCGGGUCCCCGCCGGGCAGCAGCUGCCUCCGCACAGCGCCGCAGAUGACACGAAGUCAGCAGAUGGACGAGCUCCUGGACGUGCUGAUUGAGAGUGGAGAAAUUCCAGCCAAUGCCAAGGAAGAUCGGUCCUGCCUCCAGAAAGUCCCUCAGAUAAUGGUGUCUACAGGGAGCUCCGGUGCCUCUGUCCCCAAGGGCUCUGCCCCGUUCGAGCCGGUGCCCUUCGAGCACUGCCCGGGCGGCAGCGACGCUCACCUGGAGGUGCUGCUCAAUGCCCACAGCCCCCUGGGCAGGGUCAGCGAGAUGGCCCUGCUGAAAAUGGGGGGAGAGGAGCCCCACUUCGAAGGGAUGAUGGAGGGGUUCUCUGGCAAAGCCGCGGAUGAACUGCUCAACUCCCAGGAGAUUUUACAGACUCCCCUGUCACCCAUGGAAACCCAGCUGUCCCCUUCCCCCGCCGAAGGCUCCGGUUUACAAAUGAGUUUCACUGAGUCUCCGUGGGAAACAAUGGAGUGGCUGGACCUCACCCCCCCCAGCUCUGCCACCGGCUUCAGCUCGCUCACCCCCGCGGGCCCCAGCAUCUUCAACAUCGAUUUCCUGGAUGUAGCCGACCUCAACCUGAACAGCAGCAUGGACCUGCACCUGCAGCAGUGGUGAAGGGACGUGCUGGGGCAGGGGGCUGUGAGCCUGCAGCAGGUGGCACAGCGUUCCUGUCGUGACAGAGAACAUGCAGGGCAAACGUGCCUCAUCCAGGGGAAACUGGAGUCAUUUUCCCAGCAUAUAAACUUGUUUGAAUUUCCAGUCACUGAAAA